AUGUCUCCUGCUGUGGUGGAUAUCGCGUCGCAGGAGGAGUGCGUCCCGCCAUGUCUCUUCCCUGCCUCGAGCUUCGCCCAGAAUGAGGAUCGCACUGCUGGAAUUAGCACGGAGGAAUUGGUUAUCGAAAAGGACCUGAGCGCCCUGCGCUCGACUCUGACUGACAAUCUGCUCGACCUGCCAACUACUCUUCAAACAGCCUGGGCCCUCACACUACGCUGCUUCGUCCCUUCGGAUAUCCUCUGCUUUGCAUACAAGGGCGAGGAUGCUGUUGAUUCUGCAGAGAGCGAGACUCCCCAUCUUGUCAUCGGCCGCGUAGACAAUACCGAGACCCUUGCGGUGUGUCUUCAGCGCUUUAGCGAACGAUCAUUGAGCCCUACCCUUGGUGCGCCAUCAGGAUACGAAAUCAACCUCGUCGCCGAAGAGCCAUCGCGUGAGCUCUGCAAUACCAGCCUACUCUUCCAGGGGUUGAAGCCAUCUUCAAUCGAGUUGGAUGCGCAAACCGACCUCUCCAUCGGUGUUUUCCAGCCGUCAAGCAAUGGACUCUCUGCACGUAUUGCCUUCCGCCGCGAUGUCAUCUCGACCUCAAUUGCAACCAGUGUCCUCCAUACUUUUAGCCACGUUGUAUCGCAGAUCCUCACCGGUCCUCACAAUCGCGAAGCCGACCUGUGUUCUGGUCUGGACAAAGGCGCAAUCCAACUCCUAACGCAGACCGUCUCUCCUGCCCAAGACCGGUGUCUGCACGAGCUGAUCCUCGAUCAAUGCAGGGCCCAUCCCGAGCGCAUGGCCGUUCGCUCGUGGGACGGAGACCUGACUUAUGGCGAGCUGGAUGAUCUCUCCCUCCGUCUGGCUCAUCACCUCGUCCAGCUCGGAGUCGGUCCUGAAAAGUUUGUCCUCAGCUGUUUCGAGAAGUCCACAUGGGCCAUUGUGGCUCGACUGGCCAUCUUGCGUGCUGGUGGUGCUUACAUCUCCAUCUUUGCAACGAAUCCGCCCGUCUUUCUGGACUCGGUCGUCCGUCGUACGAAUCCUCAGGUCCUGCUCAGUGAAGCCAAGUUCGCCAGUCGCUUCCAGCAUCUUGUGCCCAAUUUCGUCAGCUUCACCCCGGAAUGGCUGCGCAGUUUGCCUUCAGGCAACAAGAGCACGCCCUGCGAGUCCGUACGAUCUGACAACGCGUGUCUCGUUCUCUUCACCUCGGGCAGCACCGGCCAGCCAAAGGGCAUCAUCCAGGUCCACCAAUCCUAUGGAACAGCCAUCAAAGACUACGCACAAAACUUCCGACUUGGCUCAGACACGCGGUACCUCCAUUUCGAUGACUACGCCUUUGAUAUCAGCAAUCUCGAGUUCCUUGUUCCCCUGAUUCUUGGCGGAUGCUGCUGUGUGCCUCCUCCCAUGAAGACCGCCGAAGACCUCGCUGCAGCCAUCAACACUCUGGACGCAAACAUCACGUUCCUUACGCCCACAGUCGCAAUCAAGCUUGACCCGGCUGAUGUCCCUGGCCUAAAAACAAUCUGUGUAGGGGGCGAACCCCUCCCGAAAGAGCUGAUCCGGAAAUGGGAAACAAGCACUACACGCCUCGUUAACCAAUUCGGUAUGGGAGAAGUCGCCAUCUGCUGCGCUUACAACGACAACAUCCAGCUCGAGCGAGGAGCCACCAUUGGUCGUCCAGCGACUGGGGCGAUCUGGAUAGUGGACGCUUCGACGCCCGAACGACUGCUUCCCCUCGGCGCCGUCGGCGAACUCGUCAUUGAAGGACCCCAUCUCUCCCGUCGUUAUCUCGAUAACACCGCGAUAUCACGAACGGCUGCUGGUUUCCUUCAAAAGACCCCUCGCUGGAUGAGCGAACUGCACCCGUCACGCAGCACAGCUCGCAUGUACCGCUCCGGCGACCUGGGCCGUCUCAACCACGACGGGACAAUCGACUACAUCGGUCGAAAAGAUACGAUUCUGAAGCUGGACGGUUGCCGUAUUGACGCUGUCGAGGUCGAGCACCAGGCCCGAAAAUGCCUCUCCCCUCGCGACGCGAUCGUCAUCGACCUCUUUGGCGCAAUCGAUGGCCACGAAGAUCCCCGCUUGACUGCCCUGCUCUACCUCGACGAUCACCCUCUGAGCAUUGAUCCCAUCGCCAACGGCGAACCAAUCAUUAUAGACGCAGCGGACGACCAUCUGGCUCAAGAAAAGGUCGAUAUCAUCCAACAUAAUAUCGCCCAGGUCCUUCCAACAUACAUGGUCCCGACGGUCUUCCUCCUCAUGUCCUGGUUCCCGCGUACAGCAUCGAAAAAGACCGACCGCAAGAAAAUCCGACAUGUCGGGCAAAAGUACUACAUGGCCGAGCGCGACAAGCGGAGUAAAUCGCCCUACUACGCUAUGCAGGCGCAACAACUACCCAAGUGA